GCUCGGAGGUGAAAGCUCGUGGCUUGUGUCCCGGCCCUGGUCCUGGUGAUUUUCUUUGUAGUUGGAGGUCAGAGGCCAGGCCUCAAGUGGGAACGGCCUCACCAUGAUGAACGGCCGGCCGGGCCGUCUGCCGAAGUUCCUGCCGAAUGAGGCCCGGAGCCUGCCGCCGCCCAAGCUAACCGACCCGCGGCUCUUCUACGUCGGCUUCUUGGGUUACUGCUCCGGCCUGAUUGAUAACGCGAUCCGGCGUCGGCCGGUGGCGUCGGCCGGUUUGCAUCGCCAGCUUCUAUAUGUUACUUCCUUUAUUUUUGUCGGAUAUUAUCUUUUAAAACGUCAAGACUGUAUGUGUGCUCUGAGGGACCAUGAUAUGUUUGCAUAUGUAAAGUCACAUCCAGAGGAUUUUCCUGAAAAAGAUAAGAAAGCUUACGGUAAAAUUCUUGAAGAAUUCCAUCCAGUGCAUUGAAGUCUCCAAAAUGCUUGCUCCGGUUUC